AUGACGCUGGACGAGAAAGGACGAAGACUUCAUGGACGAUUGGAGUUCUUCGAUCGAAACGUAGCGCAGCUCAUCAGGCACAUCAGCCAAACCGUGGGACACCACCAGGACGGUGUCAAGCACGGGAUCAGCUUCAGCACCAAGAUCAAGACCAUCGCCGCACAGGAGCCAUUCGCAGAUCUCCAGGAUAGGCUGGUGGGACUGGCCGAAAUCACCGAGAGGAUAUCUCUGGAGAGAAAGAACAUCAUGAUCGAUCGAGCCAAGAGCCAAGUAUUGAAUAAGUUGGCGGACAUCAAGAAAACCGUCAUUGCACCGACUCAGGCGCUACUGCAGGAUAGGGACAGCUGUGUCAAGGCCUUAGUCAAGGCCGAGGAAAAAAUGAUCUAA